GGUAAAUUACCAACUAUUAAUAGAAUACCAAAAUGGCGACGAAGGAUAUUUAUUAACAAAACCAAAAGUAAAAAAGAAAAAGAAAAGUUUGAAAACUAAUGAUGAGGAUUUUAUUAUGCAUGGAAGAUGUAACAUAAAGAAAGCAAGGAUGACACGGAAAUCUCUGUGGAGCAUUAUAAUAUGUACUAUACUUUGUUGUAUAGGUACAGUAACUCCUGUAGUUAUAUACAACAUAGAAGACAUGUGUAAUUCUGCAGGAUCGUUUGAUGUGGACUCAGAUGCAGUUGUUUACCUUAGGGGAGGUUACUCUAACUCCCCUAUAACUGUACGAGAAUGUAAUGCUGUAUUAAGAGCAACAACGGGUGACCACAUUCUGUCUUUUGAAGAACCAACUAUAAAUCUACAAUGUGGAAAUGCACUCGACAUUAUAUAUGGAUCGUAUAAGAAAGCAUAUGCUUGUGACACUCUGGCCUCUGGAAAAUUUUCUACACAAACAAGAGAUGCCACUGUUAAACUGACAUUAGGUACUAACAUGGCUUCCAGAUUUGGAACAUUUCAACUCCAGAUAUCAGCUGGAAUAAAACCAGUUGAUGCAUCACAAAACAGUGCAAGUGCAUGGUCCGUUGGUAUCAUUGUCGGAACUGUAGUUGGAAUAUGUGUUUUUCUCUUGCUUAUCUGCAUAAUUGGAGUUUGUAUGCAUAAAAGGAUGAGACAGGCAAAAAUGAACGAAGCCAUGUAUGCAACUCAAGACAAAGGUCGGCUUGAGCUUGAUAUAACACCCAAUAAAAAUUUUGGAUACACAAAUAGUUACAAUGAAAAUGGUGAGGCCUCUCCUGCAGCCAGAACAAAGUUACUUAAUGGUUAUGAUGAAAAUAGACGUUUAAAUCGUCCUGAUACUUUGAAUAUCAGAAGUGCUUAUACAAAACCUGUUCCUGCCAAAGACCCUAGGGGUCAAACAAUUAACAAAGAUUAUCAGGACGAUGGAGAUGACACAUAUUACAAUAUGGACGAGGACAAAAUUAUACAACCCAAUAGACCUAAAACACCUGUCACACCAAUCUUAAGUGCUCUUCAAUCUAAUCCCAAAUUCAGGAAAUCAUAUACUGAAAAUGAACGUGAUGCUGAGGACAGAGCAAUGAGAAUUUCAUAUUCUACAUCAAAUGACUCCAUUAAUCAGAGGCCUCCUUUACCAAAAGUGCCAGAUUCAAACACUCGCCAGGUAAAUCUGAAGAAAAAUCAAAGUAUGAGAAAGGCCACAAGACCUGAUUCAUAUGUUGAUUGGUCAUCUUCAACACAAGGUUCAGAAGAAAUGGAAGAUGAAAGAGCACAAAAUAGAGAGGCGACUGAAAGACCUAAACACACAUUACGACCUGAUCGUAAGAGAAGUCCAGAACAAGAAAGAAAACAAACAAACAAAAUGAAAGAUCCGAGAAUAAAUGAUCUGAGAGACGAUGAAGAUGAACGCAUUGGACUAUUUCAGAAACAAUCAAGUACUAGAUCCAGUGCUAGGAGUAGUAAACGAUCUCAGAGAUCACCUAGACUUGGUAAAGGUUCAAAGGGCUUUGGUCACAGAAGAACUGGAAGUCGAGGAGACGAUGCUAUCAGUAUAGGGUCCAGGACAGAUUUAGAAUCUCUUCCUCCUCUGCAAAGAUCAUCCUCUAAGACAUCAUUAUAUGCAUCUAGAUCAUCACUUUAUAGCAGACGACGUAGUGGCCGUGAUAGAGCAGGGUCGUGUGGUGAUUCAAUGGUUUCAUACGCUCAUGAUGACAUAGACUUUUAUAGGCGGUCAAGGCAAUCUCAUACUGACUAUGAUGAUGAGGAUGAUUUUGGUGGUUAUGAAAAACCAAUUUCACGAAAUGAUCGCUUACGAAUGUCUAAAUCAGACCAUGACUUGGGACGUGCAAUGAGAGAAAUUUCGACACAAACAUUACGUGAGACUGCCACCCAAACAGGUCUUGAAGAGCCUGUUACUGUUCAUACAAAGCGCACUGUGAAAAGACGUCCAAGAUCUAGAAGUAUGUCAGCAAUGGGAACUCAAACACAAAAGAAAGAAAAAACAAAAAAGAGAACUAAAUCAAAACAAGAUUUGGCAGCAACAACUGAUGAUGAAUUACAUGAAACAGAAGUAAAACCAGUUGUUAAACCGAAGCCAAAACCAAAACCUAGAAAAUCAUUAAGUACUGCAGAUCAUGCAGCACAGUCUGACAAUGAAGGUCUAAAAAAGAAAAAAAUGAGAAGGAGAUCAAAAUCUGAUGCACAUAUUGCUAAAAGUUUAGAAGAUCUGACACAUGAAUCUAAUGAUAAGGCUGAGCCUGGUCCACAAGUACCGCAGCAUAUACAUAGUAGUCAUACUGUUCCUGCAAAUCUACAGAGUUAUGGACCACCAGGGGCAAUUGUUGUUCCCCCUCCUUACACAACUCUUCCACAUGGAGCACAGCCUACACAGUUUGUGACAAGUCAGGGACAACCAGUCAUGGUUCAGACUCAGCCUGUUGCUAUGCCAUACCCAGGGAAUCCACCCAGGCCACUAGUACCACCACAGUACCCAGUGGCACAUGUCCCAGGAAAACCUCGUAAAUCAAACUGGGAGACUCUUAUGGAAAUGACAGACAAGAAGAAGGCAGGUUUGCCGACAGACACAGAGUCUGUGGUUAGUUCAGUGUUUACGAGUAAUCCUCCCCCGACAUAUCAACCAGGACAGCCAGCAUUUUAUCCUUAUCAGCAGGGUUACAGCCAACCACAUAUUCAACAACAACCAGUUCAACAAUUUCAACCUCCACAGCCACAACAAGUUCAACAACCACCAGUUCAGCCAUCAGCACAGUACCCACCGUCCCAAGGUUGGACACUCCAACCAGAGGGUGGAUCUGAUGGUAGUAGUAGUGGGACAACAGGAAGUGGAAGUUCUACAUCGGGAAUGUAUGUUACACAACCGCAAGGUUUACCACCUCAGGGGAAGUCAUCAUGGGACAAGUUGACGGAAAUGACUAAUCAACAGUACAAAAUUGCUUAUACAUCAGAAAAAAAUGAUAGAAGUGAAAGUGUUGUAUAGAACAUCGUUGUGUAACUUCACUUAAUUUCAGUCUUUGUAGAUAAUGAUUUUUUUUUUAAGAAUUACAUGUACUGUUUUAUGUUGUUAAUGAUAUUGUUACAGUACAAAUUAAUUGUAGGAUGCUUAUGAUAUGUACACAGUGUUGAUUUUUCCUAGUGGACAAGAUAAAAAAAAAAUCACUGUAUAUUUUCAGUAAAUAUAAAUUAUUAAUAGUACUUAUGUUAAGUAUAGAAGCAACUCUCAUAGACAAUAUUGUCCUUUCAUAGCUUUGGUUUUUCUGUUUAGGCAUUUUUGGUAUAAAUGCUCACAAUUUUUCAUAUAUUUGGCCUUUUUAAACUUUUGGUCUCAAGCGUACUUUAUAAAACUGAACCAUGUGUCGAAGACAUUUACAUUUAUAAUACAUGUAA